CUUUGGGUCUCAAAGUUUGGGCCUCCGGAAGCUGUUGCUUGUUUAUAUAUAUUGCUUGUCUAUAUAUAACCACAAUUCCGGUCGGCAGAGAAGACCCGUUACCAUAGAAUCCGCACCCUACAUUAAACAGAGUCAGCUUCUUUCUUUAUUAUAUUCACCAGUCUUCCAUCGAAAACCUUCGACCUUUUGAUCAGUGGGAGAAGAACUAUGUAACUAAGGAAGGUUCACACGUCAAGACUUCCUGGUAAGUACAGGUAGAAAGAAAAAUCAAGGAGUGAAAGCUCUGCUGCAGACAGUUAUAUAAUAAUCUAGUACUGCAUCUGCAUAGUCAUAUCGUUCUGCUGGGCAGGUGUUACAGUACUCGCUCUACAGGUUUAUCUACGAAACCUUGUUAGUUCAAUGUUGCGCGGGUCUCGUUUUGUCAAACCUUUUCAGCUUCAGGCUGCAACAAAUUGGCAAUCCUCUUUGAUAAAGGGACCUCCAGCUAAUACUAUCUUCUUCUUGGGUUUUCUAAUCAUUGCAGCCGUUCUAUUUUCUUUCUGGAUUGACCUUUGGACUUUUCAGAUUGAUCAUUCUACAGACCAAACAAUAGUGAUCAACGACAAGUAUGAGAUAACCCCCAAAAUAAUCGAGUUUCCACUCAACUGUUCUAUCGGCAUCAAUCAAACACAAACGUGUCCAACAAAUUACCCUAUAGCCUUUACUAGUGAUCGUCUUGACCCAUCGUCAAACGGUACAUGCCCGGACUAUUUCCGGUUUAUCCACGAAGAUCUAAAGCCAUGGAGAACCACAGGAAUCACAAGGGACAUGGUGGAGAGGGGAAAGAAGACGGCACAUUUUCGGCUAGUGAUUGUUAAAGGCAAGGCUUAUAUUGACAGGUACAAGAAGUCCAUACAGACAAGGGAUAUGUUUACCAUAUGGGGUAUUUUGCAGCUUCUUAGGAGGUACCCCGGGAAAGUACCUGACUUGGAGCUGAUGUUUGACUGUGAUGACCUUCCGGUUAUCCGAUCACAGGACUACCGGGGACAGAACUCGACGCCGGUGCCACCGCUGUUCCGGUACUGUGGUGAUAGAUGGACAAAAGACAUUGUGUUCCCUGAUUGGUCUUUCUGGGGUUGGGCUGAGAUAAACAUAAAACCGUGGGGAAGUUUGUUGAAAGAUGUGAAGAAAGGUAACGAGGGGAGCAAAUGGAUGGAAAGAGAACCUUAUGCAUACUGGAAAGGGAACCCCUUUGUAGCUGAAUCAAGGAGAGACCUCCUCAAAUGCAACGUCUCGGAUACACAAGAUUGGAAUGCUCGCUUAUUCAUCCAGGACUGGAUCCUUGAAUCUCAACAAGGCUUCAAGCAUUCAGAUGUAACAAACCAAUGCACACAUAGGUAUAAGAUAUAUAUUGAGGGCUAUGCAUGGUCUGUUAGUGAGAAGUACAUUCUGGCCUGUGAUUCAGUAACAUUGCUGGUAAAACCACACUACUAUGAUUUCUUCACAAGAAGUCUACGACCAGUGCACCAUUACUGGCCUAUAAGGAAUGAUAACAAAUGCAAAUCCAUCAAGUUUGCUGUAGAUUGGGGAAACAAUCACAAACAAAAGGCACAAGCAAUUGGGAAAGCAGCAAGCAACUUCAUUCAGCAAGAACUGAAGAUGGACUAUGUGUAUGAUUACAUGUUUCAUCUACUAAAUGAAUAUGCCAAACUCUCCAAAUUUGAGCCAAGAAUACCUGAAGGAGCUACACAUUUGUGCGCAGAGACUCUCGCUUGCCCUGCAGAUGAGUCAGAGAAAAAGUUCAUGACCGAGUCGUUGGUGAAGAGUCCGUCGAUGACAAACCCCUGCCCCAUGCCACCUCCCUAUGAACCCAAAGAUCUUGGAAACUUUGAUAGGAAUAAUAUCAAUUUAAUUAAACAAGUAGAAAAGUGGGAAGAUAAGUACUGGGAUAGUAUCCAUAAUAAGCAGCAAUAGCUUAAACUUUUAUGCUGAGCAUAUAUAGACAACUAUUGUCUAGCAAUUACAAAUUUGUUGUAGCUGUUAGUAACGUUUCAAAAUACUUGACUGCUAUGAGACAAUUAUGAUUUACGUACCAUGAAAUUGUUAAGGGUAGUAUAGUAAUAUGGUUUAUCUUCCUAUAGUAUAUAAAGAAAAAUUGUUGUAAAUUGUAAUCAACUACUCCAGUCAAAAUGUAGUCUUUACUUCUCUGCGUUUCUUUUCCUUCCUC